AUGGAUCAAAGCAGGAAGUACGGUGGUAUUGAAGAGGUGAGCACGGAGCCGGGUGUUCCUGGUCUUCUUCACUACAUCCUCGAUGCUCUUGUACGCUCCCCAAGCCGCUCAUCUCCUCCUGCCCAGCUCGAGGGUCAGGUCGUUCAUCGUGUUCAAUUCCCAACCCAGAUAAACGUAGCUGGUGCAUUCGGAUAUAUUCAGCUAAAGACUGAUGCAUCCACAUGUUUCGUCGAAUUCGGUCAGCAUUCGUUCCGCUUGGCUGAUGCUAGGUGUUAUCAGCACGAUUUCAUCAGCGAAGCGCAAAUGCUGAUGGUGUAG